AUGAACAGUGUUAGACUCUUUGAUGAAAGCAAACAGGCUUGGUAUACUUUGAUGGUACGACCAGGUAAUAUUCGUCAGAGCGAUUACUUUCGGGCAAUAUUUCUAUAUAGCACUGGUCUGAAGUACAAAGUUAAUGAUGAAAAUGAUUUUACUUCAAUACCAAAAAAUGACGCUGGCGGUUAUGAAUGGGACUGGACUGCAAAUAUCAUUUAUGAAUUAAUAUAA